AUGGCAAACAAAUACAUGGUCCAUUUCUCUGGCAAAACCAUCGAAGCAACCGUCACUGACAAAGCCUCUGUGGUCGAAGAGUGGGUUCGUGAGGCUCGCUCUCUGCACGUUGGACAACAUGACAUGAUUGUGGGAUUGGACUGUGAGUGGAAACCAAAUACCAUAAGCUCAAUGAACAACAGGACAGCCACAUUGCGGCUAUGCAUCGGCACAAGGCGUCGUAUAAUCCAACUCUGUUACAUUGACUACAUUCCUCAAUCCAUCAAGUUCAAGAGUUUCCUCAGUGACUCAAACUUUACUUUUGUUGGUGUCGAGGUUGGGGACGAUGUGUCGAAGCUUAGGAAUGAGUAUGGGCUAAUUUGCACUAGCACUGCUGACAUUCAAGCUCUGGCUAUGUCUCGCCGGCCGUUGCAGUUUUAUCGCAUGCCUGGUUUGAAAUCCCUUGCUUAUCUAUUGGUCGGGCUUUCGAUGGAAAAUCCUAUGCAUGUCUGUAGGAGCAAUUGGGAGGCUAGAGUGCUUGAUGAGAAGCAGAUUGAGUAUGCUUGCAUUGAUACUUGUGCUUGUUAUAAGAUUGUAUGUCACAAAUGUUCUGGGUUGUUGAGGAGUUUUACUGAUACUGAUUGGCUCGUCUACCAUCAUAUUAUUGUGGUUGGUACUGAAGUGCAUGAUCUUUGA